AUGAACAAGUUGAGUGUUCUGAAUGAUGACUGGAAGUUCUUCCUGCACUACUAUGAGGCUGUCACUGACACCAAGGUCGACGGACAGCUGAUGCGGCUGACACAGAAGAUAAGUCCCAACUUCUCAUCCAGCACACCGAUUGAUGAGGCUGAUCAUUGUGGAAGAGCCUUCAACAGCUGGCCAAGAAGCACAGGCUGGACACGCAGGAGAAGGAGAAGACCCCAGUAUGCAGAUCUGUCUCUACAACCUGCUGAGCCUCUUCACACUGAACCAGAAAAGUGCCAUUCUCAACCUGCAAUAUAG